AUGAUUGAGAAUCAGAAAAGAAAAGUCUCGGCACUUCUGAGUGACUCGUCCAAACCGGACACAACCAUACGCAAGCGACAGAAAGGCGAUAACUUUGCAGAAUCUCCCAAGGUUGUUCUCACCAGCGCGCCAAACCGACGACUCGAUGUUUUCGUGUUUGGAACAAACUGCGGCGGUGAACUUGGUUUGGGUGACGCGACCAAAAAACCAGAGAUACCAGGCCCAGUCCUAAACCCAAAAUUGUCCGCUGAAACCGUUGGAGUUGUCCAACUUGCAGUUGGGGGAAUCCAUUCUGCUGCUUUAACCCACGACAAUCAAAUCCUCACAUGGGGCGUUAAUGACGAAUGGACGCUGGGCAGAGACACAACCGUUGAAAGUAAAAAGACCCCCGUAGAUGCUACCAGCGAUAACGGAGAGGAAGACGACGAAGAUGACGAUGAAGUGGAACUUAAUCUUAAAGAAGCUACUCCGCUGCCUGUGGACUCUUCGCAUUUUCCAGAUGGCACUGUUUUCACUCAGUUGGUCGCAACCGACAGUGCAACAUUUGCCCUUACGAGCAAGGGUUUGGUAUACAGUUGGGGUACAUUCAGAGACAACAACGGUACAACUCGCUUCUCACCCAAGUCCACAAUCCAACGAGCACCUGCCUUGAUACCUGACGUGAAGGACGUCCUAAAACUUGUCCCAGGAGCACAACACGUCUUAGCCCUAAUUUCAAAUGGCACUGUCUUUUCUUGGGGCAACAACGAACAGAAUCAACUCGGAAGGCGCAUGAUCAGCCGCCUUCAUGAAUUCCCAUGGCUUGUUCCUGGACAAUGCUCACUCCCGCGUGGAAUUAUUGAUAUCGGUGCAGGAAUUUAUCAUUCAUUCGCCAUUCAUAAGACUGGCCAACUGUACGCUUGGGGAUCCAACAACUUCGGACAGACCGGAAUCUUCCAGAGCGCGGGUCAGAGUGAUGCCGUAAUACCGUAUCCUACUCCAGUCCCAAGUCUAGGAAAAGGAUCAGGGAUUGUCAGCGUAACUGGUGGAAAGGAUCACAGCUUGGCCGUGAAUGAGCAGGGCCAAUGUCUUGCCUGGGGUCGCAUCGAUAAUAAAGCCCUUGGUAUUAUUGCUAAGGACAUCCCAACCUCUGAUGUAAUAUUCGACACAUAUCAGAAGCCUCGAAUUCUCAAAGUGCCUACACCUAUAAGUGGUGUUGUCGGAAAGGUUGUCUUUGCCGCCGCGGGGACAGAUCAUUCUUUCGCCAUUACUCAGGAUCGCAGAGCAUACAGCUGGGGCUUUAACGCUCAACAUCAGGUCGGUCACGGGAAUGAGGAAAAGGAUGAAGUCGAGCAGCCCACACAACUUAAAAACAAACAUGUGUCUGGCAAAAUGCUUGUAUCGGCCGCAGCUGGUGGUCAGUUCAGCAUUGUGGUGGGCCUACACGGACCCCAAACGAACGGUGUACAUUGA